ACCCUCAGGAAGAUGCUUCCCCGCCCCUGCCUCCUUUGCUCUGCUCUGUGGUACUUCCUCUCUGGCUGACUUAGCUGACAGACCUAGAAGUGGGACCAAGAUCCUAGCACUAAGACAGAUUCAAGGAUUGUAUAUCCAACAACUAGACCUUCUGAUCAGCAUCUGGAAAACCCUGUCCUUUUGAUGGCUGCAAACACUACAUCUCCUGCAGCACCUUCUUCUCCUCGUGGCAUGUCACUGUCUCUGUUGCCCAUUGUCCUACUUUCUGUGGCCCUGGCUGUGGGGCUUCCCGGCAACAGCUUUGUAGUGUGGAGCAUCCUGAAAAGGAUGCGGAAACGCUCUGUCACCGCCCUGUUGGUGCUGAACUUGGCCCUGGCCGACUUGGCCGUGUUGCUCACUGCUCCGUUUUUCCUACACUUUCUGUCUGGAGGCAUCUGGAGUUUUGGUGUGACCGGUUGCCGCCUGUGCCACUAUGUCUGUGGAGUAAGCAUGUAUGCCAGUGUCCUGCUUAUCACCAUUAUGAGUCUGGACCGCUCACUGGCAGUGGCCCGCCCCUUUGUGUCCCAAAAGGUUCGUACUAAGGCCUUUGCCCGAUGGGUGCUGGCAGGCAUCUGGGUGGUGUCUUUUCUGCUGGCCAUACCGGUCCUUGUGUACCGUACAGUAAAACGGAACAACAGGACUCUGAUCUGCGACUCGAGGUAUCCCAGCGACGGGCAUAAAGCCUUCCAUCUGCUCUUCGAAGCCAUCACUGGCUUCCUGCUGCCCUUCCUGGCGGUGGUGGUCAGCUACUCUGACAUCGGGCGCAGGCUGCAGGCUCGGCGCUUCCGCCGCAGUCGCCGCACCGGCCGCCUGGUGGUGCUCAUUAUCCUGGCCUUCGCUGCCUUCUGGCUGCCUUACCACCUGGUGAACCUGGUAGAAGCUGGCCGCACGCUGGCCGGCUGGGGCAAGGACAACCCUGCGGGGCAGCGUCUGAAGCUGGCCCGCUACGUGCUCAUCGCGCUGGCCUUUCUGAGCAGCAGCGUGAAUCCGGUGCUGUAUGCAUGCGCGGGCGGCGGCCUGCUGCGUUCAGCGGGCGUGGGCUUCGUAGUCAAGCUGCUGGAGGGCACUGGCUCAGAGGUGUCCAGCACCCGCCGAGGGGGCACUCUGGUCCAGACCCCGAAGGACACGCCUGCCUGUCCCGAGCCGGGCCCCACCGACAGCUGCAUGACUUCCUCCACCCUUCCUGAGUCUUCGAAGUGAACUGCAGUAGGCUGAGUUAUGACACAACUCAUAACCCUGGCCUGACCCACUUCUGUACCUGGAGAACAUGUUGGGGACUGGGCUUAAGUGGAAAAGAGGGAGGGGUGGGGCAAGUCAGGGCAGAGAGAUAGCAUGCUCUGGCCUGGCUUCUCCAGGCAGCUUUACGAUUAAAACUAAAGUCUGAAAUCGG